AUGGUGCCAAAUUAUAAAAAUAUACAAGAUGAAGAGUCAAAACCAUUGAUUGAACAUAGCAGUAGUACUCAUAUUAAUCAUGGAAAAGAUACAAAAACUAAAAUUAUUGAAUACCUUAAACCAGUUCAAAGAAGAAUGGGUAGUUUAGAUGCUGUUAGAGGUCUAACUAUUUUCGGAAUGAUUUUAGUUGAUAAUCAAGCUGGUAAUGAUGUUAUUUGGCCAUUAAAUGAAACUGAAUGGAAUGGUUUAUCAACUGCUGAUUUAAUUUUCCCAUCUUUUAUUUUUAUUAGUGGUUUUUCAAUCGCUUUAGCUUUAAAGAAUUCAAAAAAUACAACAUCAACAUGGUAUGGUAUUAUUAGAAGAACAUUAUUAUUAUUUUUUAUUCAAUGUUUUUUAAAUUUAAUGGGAGAUCAUUUUAAUUUUACAACAUUUAGAAUUAUGGGUGUUUUACAAAGAAUUGCAAUUUGUUAUUUUUUUAGUUGUCUUUCUUUUCUUUGUUUUCCAAUUUUCCUUCAAAGAUUAUUUUUAUUAAGUGUAACUGUAACUUAUAUUUCAAUUAUGUAUGCAUUAAAUGUACCAAAAUGUGGUAGAGCAAAUUUAACUCAAAAUUGUAAUGCUGGUGCUUAUAUUGAUUCAAAAGUAUUUGGUUUAAAUAUAAUGAAAGAAAGUAAUUUAAAUGGACCAUAUUAUAAUGAUCCAGAAGGUUUAAUUUCAACAAUGAGUUCAUUUAUUACAGCAUGGAUGGGAUUAGAAUUUGGUAGAAUUUUUACAAGAUUUUAUAAAAAACAUGAUUUUGGUAAUACUGAUAUUAUUGUAAGAUGGAUUUUAUUGGUUAUUUUAUUUAUGGUACCAGCGAUUUCAUUAGGUGCAACAGUUAUGCCAUUUAAUAAAAAGAUUUGGAGUUUUAGUUUUGCUUUAUUUACAGUUGGUGCAAGUGGUUCAUUAAUUUUAAUUGCAUUUAUUUUAAUUGAUGUUAUUGAUUGGGAAUCAUUAAAAUGUGAAAAAGUUAGAAAAAUAAUCGAUUUAAUUAUUAAACCAAUGAAAUGGAUUGGUCAAAAUCCAAUCACAAUCUAUUCAUUAAUGGUUUUCAUUGAAAUCAUUCUAAUGUAUUAUAUUAAUGUUGGUUCAAAUUCACUUUGGGUUCAAAUUUAUGAAAAAAUGUAUUUAUCUUGGUUAAAAAAUGGUUACUUAGCUUCAACUGUUUUUUCAAUAGGUUGGUUAAUAUUUUUUAUUUUAAUUGCAUAUAUUAUGCAAAGAAAUAAAAUAUUUAUUAAACUUUAA